GAGUCUGAUUGCUGCAAGCAUCGAAAUAGUUUGUAAUUUCUAGUCGGUCUGUUUGUUUUAGCGCCUGCUUGCCUUUAAAGUGCAUACAAAGCGUGUGCAUCGUUUACCGUUAGGCAAGCAUGGCAGAAAAGAAGGCAGAGAAAGUAAUCAAAUGUCGGCUUUGGAACAACGACGGAUCGUGGCGGUCGAACGAUAGCUCAUCAGAUGAUGACAAUGAAUCCUUCAUUAGUGCAAUUUCUCACAGCGACAUGGAUAUUUUUAGGAUUUUGGAGCCGCUAACAUCGAUGCUGCCCCACGAACUGGAUAGCAUUGAUCAGAAGCUACAACGGCUGGUUUUUAUAAAUCAAACCGAUGUAAAAUAUCAUCGCGCAUUGCAAGAUAUUCGCGAGCAAAGCAUAGUUUCUAUGAUAUUGGAGCCAAGCUUUUAUGGACGUCAUCAAAGGACAUCCAUCAUUGUAAUUGCGACGGCCAACAACACCUACAUCUUCGAUAUGCAGGCAUUGGAUUUUAUAUUUAAGGAUUUGCGAUACGUGCUUGAAGCGGAUCAUCCCCGGAAAAUUGUGCACUAUAGCCAUCGAAUAUGUAACCAUCUACUUUCUCUGCAUAAUAUUAAGCUGGGAGGUAUCUGUGAUACAUUUGUGGAGCUGUGCAUUGCAAGGAAGCAAAAUAAACCCUCAACUUUGUCUGAAGCUAUUGCAUUGGUUCUUAAAGUGUCAUUAAGUGAACCAAAAGAGAUAACCGAAUCACGGCGGUUAUUUAAAGCUCGGCCCAUGUACCAAUACCAGCUUGAUUAUUUGGCAAAAAUGGCAUUAUAUCAAGAAAAACUACACGAUCGCCUUAUAUAUGAAGUUGUCUGCGAAAAAAUGUUGAGUAUGUCGAAGAAAUUUAGCGAAAGUUUUGAUAAAAUUGAAUUUGGAUCGGACAUAAUGCUGGGCAUGCAGCCUCUGAGUGAACAGGGUUUUGAGCACAUUAAUCCAUAUCAUUGUGCGAUUCCAUAUAGUGUAAAAAUUCCAUCGGCAAAGGAUAUCGAAGCACAUGAUCAUCCUGCAAAUAAUUUUAAUGAAUAGGCUAUUUAUUUAGUGAUAGGAAUUGCAGUAGAGUCUAAACUAAUUUAAAUACCGCCAAUAUAUGAGCUAUUAAUUAGACAUUUUGAACGGUUUUCCCAGUAUAAAUUAUUAAGAAUGUGUACAACGGCGAACGCAGCUUUUACCAAAGGGGGUAGACAAAAAAAUUAAAUAAUGCACGAUGCUUUGAAAAAAUAAUUUAUUCAUAUGAUCAAUGAAAAAACUUCAACAAAUCCAACUCAGUUCCCCCCUGCGAACGCCAUUGUAUAUGUACGAGGCAAAUUUAAAUGAUAUAGCUUUUAACAUUUUGGAGAAAACGCCACUUAUUCCAUAAACAUAGCACCAAAGACAGUGUUCAUCGACUUCGCUCUUCCGUUGGGCUUUUGCUUUCCGAAACCAACAUAUCAAAAGUUAUAACCUGUACCCGAAAGGUAAAAAGGGCAUAUUAGGUUUGUGCAAAAAAUGUAACAGGCAAAAGGAAGCAUAUAUAAGUAUAAGUACAUAUAUUCUUAUUCAGCAGAGCGAAAAAAUCUCUAGACAUGUUCAUCUGGGUGAACGCCUGGAUUUUCGAAACGUCUGAGCCUACACUGAAAUUAAAAUAAAUGUAAUUCUACACAUCUGUUUUGAAUUUCAGAAAAUGCCGUCAAUUAAAUGCCGUGAUUAAAUAACGACUAAACAAAUUUUCUAAAAAAAAAUUACAAAAAAAAAUGUAAUAAGCCUUUGAAACCUACCAGAAUAUUGCAAAUAUGUUUAAUUCAACUGAAGGUAUACACCCAAUUCUGU